AUGGCAUCCAACGCCCCCGCUGCCUGCUGCGCCUCUGGCUUCAAGCAUGAAGGAACUCCCCUUGGCGAGACCAAGGAUAUCAACGGAGUCAACACCUACAUCGCUACCCCCAAGGAUAACAAGAACCCCGACAAGGCUGUUAUCUUCGUGACCGAUAUCUUCGGUAUCUUUGCCAAUGCCCAGCUUCUCGCCGACGAGUUCGCCAACAAUGGCUACCUGACUGUCAUCCCGGAUAUUUUCCAGGGCGACCAGAUCAAGGUCAGCGACAUGGAAUCCGGCAAGGCUGACCUGCCCGCGUGGCUUCCCAAGCACCAGCCCGCCAACGUCGAGCCCGUCGUUGAGUCCACCAUCAAGUAUGUCCGUGAGACUCUCGGCGUGAAGAAGGUCGGCGCUGUUGGCUACUGUUUCGGUGGCAAGUACGUCGUCCGUUAUCUCAAGCCCGGCCAGAUCGACGCCGGUUACUCUGCUCACCCCUCUUUCGUCACCCACGAGGAGCUCGGUGCCAUCAAGGGUCCCUUCUCCAUUGCCGCUGCUGAGGUCGACUCCAUCUUCACUACUCAGCUCCGCCACGAGUCCGAGGAGACUCUUAUCAAGACUACUCAGCCUUGGCAGAUCAACCUGUUCAGUGGCGUGUCCCACGGAUUUGCCGUGCGCGCUGAUCUGAGCGACCCCAAGCAGAAGUGGGCCAAGGAGCAGGCCUUCUGCCAGGCCAUUGCUUGGUUCAACCAGCACCUGGCCGGUGAGAAGUCCAACCUUUGA